GGUAAUCUUACGUUAAAAUCUUACUCAAGUUUAACUAAAUAUCCUGUUUCCUUAUCUACAGAAAUAAUGCAGCAAACUUUUUCAAUUUUAGGAUUUAAGUAGUUCAGUUACCACUAAAUCUUACUUUACGUAACAUUAAAAACGUAAACGGAAAAAUGACCAAAUUAUUUCUGUGUAUUGCAGUCUUGUGCUGUGUGCAGUAUGGAUUUGCUCUAUUAACACCAGAUAAACUGGGCGAACAUAUCAACGGAAUACGUAUACCUCUUCAAAGGAAUUGCAAGAUAUUAACAGGUACCACACAGGAGCAGAUAGAAGAAGUAAGAAAAGGUAAUUUUGAUCAAGGAGAGAAUAUGAAGAAUUAUGCAGCAUGCAUAUAUCUCCAAAGUAGACUGUUGAAUAAAAAUUUCGAUUUCGACAUGGUCAUGAUGGAUUAUUAUAUGCCACCCAGAAAGGAUUUAUACCUAGAUCUACUCAAAUGUAAUGAAAAAUAUAGAAACACUGACUUGAAAUUCACAGAUAAAGUUUAUAACAUGGUCCAAUGUUAUUACCAACGUGAUCCAGUCAACUUCGUUUUCUUCUAACAUCCUACAAAAGGGGUAAACAUAAACGCAGAAGAUCAGAAAAGAGUUACAUUUAUAAUACAUUUUUAUAUUUUCUAAUAAAUAAAUUUAUUAAAUUUUA